AUGGCUGACGCUGGGAAGAUACUAGAGGAUAUCGACGGUUUUGACAAACAGAAGUUACGGCAUGUUGAAACUGAAGAGAAAGUUGUGUUGCCAAACAAAGAAGUUAUUGAAAAGGAGAAAACUGAGAAACAGCUUCUACAAGAGAUCGAAACACCACAUUCUUUGAAACGUACUUCAACAAAAGAAAAGAACCCUCUUCCUACCAAGGAAGACAUUGCUGCAGAAAAAGCUAUCCACUGA